AUACCGCUGAGUAGUAUGAAACGAAAGAACCACGCGAGUGUCCUCGAGUGUGAAGCAAGUUAGCGCUCGACUGAGCACUAUAUAAGUAAAUACCACUGUGAUACUUUGCGAUAUUUCCUGUAUUCCGACGAGAAAUGGAGCAAGGGCAGAGUGAAGAAUCGCUAAUAGAAUCCGGCGAGAGAUCGGAUGUCGGGCGAUGGAGGAAUACGCCAGCCGGUGAGUCGGAGGCUAUUGCUGUUGUCAAAAGACACUUUUGCAACGCAGACAAUAUUCGAGUUUACAUAUGUUUUAGUGCAGUGGAAGUAGUUCCAAGAUUCUUCACCUAAAAUUCUAUUGUUCCGUUUAGCUAUCGAAAUAUUUCCAAAUUAAUCUACGCAAAGGUAUCCCAUUUUGUUACAGCUUUCUUUUUUAAACGUCCUAUCCGCAGGAAGGCAAGCUACCGCGAAGUGUUGUAAAAUUUCGCCCCUACAUCUUGUUUGUAUCAGUCAUUUGUUUUCCGCUUGGGUAAGUGAACAGCUUCACGUCAAUUUAUCUUAGUUCUUCAUUAAUUACACUCAAUUUCCCUGCGGUUUGAUCGCUGAAUCAUUCCUGAUUCCUCCUUUUUAUAUUUCCAGGUAUAUAUCGCUCUAUAGUGUAAGUUAGUUUUCAUAUUCAUAACUGGAGAAAAGCAAAUAUGUGAAGUUAAUUAAAGGAAAGCAAUUAUAUCGAAAAUAGCUAUAUCGUCAGAUCUGACGCUUAUUUUUGACAUUUACGCCACCAGGGUGCAUGGUAUUGUCAUAUAAAGAUAUAAAUCUCGUUAUAUGUCUCCUACUUCUGGAACGUGUCAACAAACUUGUAAGCAACUUAUGUACUAGUUAGGAGAAAGCAGAUGAGCUUUUAUUUUAAGAAAAAAUUCCCCAACUCUACUUGACGUGCUAUAAUUGUUUAAUCACGUUAAUCACUUGGAUAAAAUUUGUUUUUUGCAGGGAGAUCGCAUGUGGCAUUUUGCUAUUGGACUGUAUCUAGUUGAACUCACUCCAGGAUCAUUGCGCUUAACAGCAAUCUAUCAACUGAUCAGUACCUUGUCAAUUAUCAUAUUUGGACCUUUAGUUGGAGAUUGGGUGGAUAGAACUCCUCGACUGAAAGGUAUGUUAAGUUUAAAUGCAGCCAUAUGAUACUGGCUUAAGUUACCAAUCCUUCAGCAAGCAACCUGAGCUGAUAGACAGACAGAUCAUUUGGCAGGUUGGUUGGUCAUCAGUUCCUCAGUUAGUCAAUCUUUCACAAGGUUUGUCAGUCAGUCAGUCACUGAGUCUGUCAAUUAAUCAGUUAGUCAGUCACUGAGUCCGUCAUUACAUCACAGUCAGUCAGUCAGUCAGACAUUUAAUCACCCAAUCAGCCAGCUAGUCAAUCAAUAAAUCAGUCCGUCAAUCAGUCAGUGAGUCAGUCACUGAGUCAAACAUUUCUUCAUAGAGCCAGUCAGUCAAUCAGUCUGUCAAUCCAUCAAUCAGUUGGUGAGUUUCACUCUGAGUUUGGUGGUCAACCUUUCAUGAAGGCAAUCCAUCAGUCAGUCAGUGUGCCUGUCUGCCAGUCAGUCAGUUUGUCAGUUAGUGAGUGAAUAAUGCAGUUGAUAACUGAGCAGAUCAGUCUCUCUGUGAAUUUAAUUACUUGCUUGUCAGUAAACCUUUAAAAAUGGAAAAACAGGAACAAAAGACUAAAAUAUAGUUUUACUGAAGAAUAUAUUACAUAAGAAAAAAAAAUAUCCACCUAGUAACUGCUCAUCAAAACAUAGCUUAUUAAAAUAUUUUGAGCGUUACAUUCACUUUUUGUUUCAGUGGCACAAAUUUCAUUGAUAAUUCAAAAUGUUGCGGUGAUAAUCUGUGGAGUUUUGCUGUUGAUUAUGUUAAGAUUUGUGGAGCAAAUCCAACAUCCAUACACCAUGUUGCUGGAAGCCAUAAUUAUCAUCAUUGGCUCUGUAGCUGACUUGUCUAGUGUUGGCACAAAAAUUGCUGUAGAGAAGGACUGGGUGGUAGUGAUUGCAGGCUCAGAUAAAUCACUACUGGCAAGUAAGUAUGCUGGAAGUUGACAAUUAAAUAUUUGAAUUUCCAUGGUUACCAUUUGCUGUAUUUGAGCUGAAAAAGACAUAUCUGUCAAUUUUUUGUCUCAAAGAGAUCUUGGAUUGAGCCCCAAGGGGUUGCUGUAUUGUGUUCCAUGGCAAUAUUCUUUGCUCUCAUGGUGCCUCUCUUCACCCUUGUAGUAUAAUGAAUGGGUUCCAGCAAACUGUCCAGAAAUACUAACAAAAUACUAUGGGAUAGCUUGAGAUGGACUUGCAUUACAUUCAGGGGGAGUAGUCUAAGUCACUUCAUGCCACAAAAACUGAAGAUAAGUACCAGUAGCUUGAGCCACUUGACCUCUUCGCUCCUUCUGUUCCUUUAUUUGUUUAUUCCCCCAUUCCAUAAUGGAGUGGCCCAUCCCUAUAUGCAUUGACAGAGACAUCUGCAAUUUGGUGUGGGACCUUGUCUAUGUGUUUUGACAAAACCAGUGAUAAUGGCUUGAUAAACCUUGAUUCACCCAGAAAAAAAAAAUGAGAAAAAAAUUCUUUGAAUGUCAUUUCAUGACAAACAUCACUGAAAAAAAUUCUAGCAAUAUAUCACACAGAGAACUAUGAGCAAAAUUAAUGACAGUCUUUGGUUUUGUUCUCUUUUUAUUUUUGCAUUCCAAAGCAUAUAGACUGGCUGAUCUAACUACGGUUUAACAUAUGUUUUUAGGUACAAAUGCAUUGAUGAGAAGAAUUGAUCUUUGUUGCAAGAUCCUUGCUCCGAUCGUAGUUGGUCAGGUGAUGACUUACAUCUCUAAAAUGGCAGGUGUGUUGUUUUUAGCGGGUUGGAAUGUUGUAUCGGUUUUUGGAGAGUACUAUCUUCUCUGGAAAGUUUUCAAAGCCGUGGCUGCCCUGUCUCACAAGGUCAUAGACACAACAAGACACAACUCUAACACUGAAGACAACUCUUCCGUGGAUAUGCCUGCUGAUGAACCUCACGGAUCUAAUGAGCGCUUGGAAAGGAUGGAGAACGAAGACCAAGAAAGGGGCCAGAAUGGCGCUGAGGUUUUGGUCCCAGCUGUUUUUGUCAGACCCGUUCAAAGACCACCCUAUGUCUAUGCACGAUUUAAGAAAAGGAUCCUGACCUUUAAAAUGGGAUGGCACAUUUAUUUUAGACAGAGUGUAGCCCGACCUGGGCUUGCCCUGGCUUCGUUGUAUUUCACUGUGAUUUCGUUUGGCGCCAUAACAACUGGUUACGCUUACACGCAGUGUUUGUCUGAGUCAGUUCUGAGUCUGAUACGAGGCGUUGGUUCGUUGUUUGGUGUCUUUGCUACAUUUGUUUUUCCCCGAUUGAGAAAUGCUGUUGGUGUUGUUCGCUGCGGGCUAUUCUCCAUGUCUCUUCAGUUUUCUUGCCUUCUUUUGUGUGUCGCUGCUGUCUUUGCUCCUGGUUCGCCGUUCUUCUUGUUACCAAGAAAUUCAGGGCAACCUUUGCUGCCCCAGUGUAAGGCACCUCAGCAGACAACUCCCACACCAACUCUCUCUCCCAGUUGCAUGAAUGAAGGGCCCAGGAAUUCCUCUCUAAACGUUCAUCCUUCAAAUUUGCAGUUUAUGAGAAGAAAUGUAGACUAUAGUAAUACUGCAGUAACGACGGCAAGAAUGUCCUUAGCAAGCGUAACAGUGCCGUCCGUUGUUAAUCGGGUGAAUAGAUCAAAAACACAAGCCAUACCAUCCACAACAGCCAUUUUGCCAUCCAAGACCACACCCAGUGUGGUGCCUUCCAAUUCAGUCGUCUCUCCUACUUCUUCUCCUUCAAACCGCAACUGUAGUUUGAAGACAACAGCCUCUAUGCCGCAGGCCGUAAGCAACAGUUUUUCAUAUGUCUCCAUCAGCUUGCUACUUGCAGGGAUCGUCUCAUCCCGCCUUGGGUUAUGGUUGUCUGAUCUAACCAUCACCCAACUCACCCAAGAGGCAGUACCAGAACAAGAGAGAGGAAUUGUGGGCGGGAUGCAAAACUCUUUCAACUCAAUUUUAAGCCUUCUCAUGUUCUGCUUAGUUAUAGCUCUUCCCAAGCCUGAGACUUUCGGUUUGUUGGCACUGAUGUCUGUGGGCGCAGUUGGAACAGGCGGCUUACUGUACGCUUCUUUCGCGUACAAGAUUCGUGGUCAUUUGUUUCAUUUUGAGAAAGCCCGUAAAUUCUGCGGCGGGGCCGAUGCUCGUAGGGAGCCGGUACCGAUGCUGAUCUCAAAUGAUGACCUCGAUCUUGAGGAUGAUGAAGAGGAGGCCAUGAUCAGAGGAGUGUUAAGCACUAGGAACGAAAACUUUAAGUAUUAGAGUAUUUACUUACGCGAGGAAGUAAGUUAUUCUAAAUGGGCAGCAUUCUUUCCCGCCGGAUUACAAAUUCAUUCGCUGGAUUACAAAUUCUUCAGUUUAUAGUCAACGUUAGUGCUUCUUAAAUACCCUAAAAUGCACCUUUUUUGAUCGCAAUUCACCGAUAUGCUUGAUUGUUAUCAGAGAGUUUACCAGCAAGACGAGAGGACACUAGUCUACCGACCGCUGGUCGAUAGACUUAUGCGCCGACGUUUCGAGAGACGGACGGAUAUCUUUUAACCUUGUAGAAAUAUAAUUUGCUUAGACGUUAAUUUAAGCACACAGUUAAAAACGCCUCAGUUUUACUCAACACCUGUUUUAUAGUUUAGCAGUCAGUUUAUCAGUAGUAAUUUUUAGGUUCGCAUGGAUAGAACCCUGGAAUGGACUAAAGAAUGUUUUUCGUUAUAAGCGAGGCUGUCCAUCACCACAGCACAGGAGUUUGUUUCUAUUCGUAGGUGGGUCGUGUGGGACAGACUUACCUAUUGAGUAAAAUAUAUUUGCAGAAAAGCUUCUCAUGAAAUUUCUUAGUUAUGAUAUUUAAAAACAACAGUAACUAUGGACUGUUAAUUUAGGGACAGUCGGAAUGGAAAUUUAGAGUACAAAGCACUAAACUAGUAGGAACUUUAUUUAUUGAUCUAAGAAUUUGCACGAAACUACUUUUUUGUAGCAACUACCAGUUACCAACAUAUUGAAUAA